GAAAGCUCGAUCAGACGACGUUGGCCGGAGCACAACGCUCCUGCCGCUGGCUUUUCCACUUCCAUCGCGCAGUCUCCUGGCCGGACCGGACGACGCGGUCUUGCCCUGAACCUCCGAACGCGCCGAUUCAACCGGUGAUACUUCUCGAAAAUUCCACGAUCGGUCCACCCCCGAGUUUACGUCGAGAUCGCUCGAACGAGCUUCUUACUCGCGAUCGUUCGCUGGCAAACGCGAGUCGCAGCGGUGUACAGGUGCGAGAAAUAUAUUUGGUGCGCGUAUAGAUGUGAGGAAGGUGCUUUCAUGAGGAAUUAACGAAGACUCAGCGGAGCCAGAGACAGUAGCACCAAUAUGCGGGAGAAAAGGUGGCUUCUGCUCGCUCUGUGUGGAAUCCUACUGGCCAAUGCAGUUUCGGCCGCGCUCAAGGCUACACGACCGAAAUUCAAGAUCGCCACGACUUCGACCACGACAACGAGCACCACCGAAGAAAGUCAUGCACGCGAAAACGAGAACGAGGAUACAGAGGUGACUACGACGGUGGCCAGCGAGACGAACGGGACAACGGGUCACGUUCUCACCGGGAUUCCGCAGAUCGAUUAUAUCUGGGAUCCAAAUUUACCUCGCGAACUGAACGGCUACAACCUCAGCGACUAUCCGUUUUAUAACAGCAUACCGGAGGACAUCGACUUCAAGUGUGACGGCCUGCACGACGGGUUCUACGCGAGCGUGCCUCACAAAUGUCAGGUGUACCACCACUGCCUAUUCGGCACUCGAUACGACUUCCUAUGCGCCAACUUCACGGCUUUCGACCAGAAAACCUUCAUCUGCCACUUUGUCUCCGAAGUCGACUGCGCCAAUUCGAAGAAGUACUGGCACAGAAACGAUGCCCUUUACAAGGCAACGACGACUUCCACCACGUCCACCUCGACGACGACGACGAUGGCGCCGGUGACGGUCGCCACGGGACGGCAAGCGUCGAGAGACAGGGACCUACCGAGACGAAGAAGGCCCUUCAGACGACGACCAGCCUACGACUACUACGACGAAGAGUACUACGAUGACGACUACAGUCGCCCGCGUGGCUACGGCAGAGACGAUUACGAUUACGAGGACAGAAAGUACAGAAGAGACCGAGAUCGUGACUUCAGGGAUCGAGAUCGCGAAUUUCGAGACAGGGAUACCCCCAGGUCCCGCGACGGUGUCGCCAGGGACGAUAGGGACCGCGAGACGAACGCUAGAGACAGAUAUUCGGGUAGAAACAAUAGAAGAGAUUCUACCAGACUGAGGGAUCCUCUGGAAGAAGACACGAGGGUCAGAUCGAGAGAUCCUGAUCAAGAACCGCGGUCUGCAUCUAGAGAAAACGAUGACGCUGAGUUGGACGAUCGACGAAUCGAGUCUCGAGUCAGAGACACCGAUGAUCGUCGAUACUCGGACAAGAGGUACAAGGACGAAUACGACGAUAAAGAUCCUGUUGCUCCACCCGCGAACGGCGAGAGCUUAGUGAAGCCCGCAGCACCCGCUGCGUCCGUGUACUCGAGACCGAGAGCUCCUCCGAAAAUUCGAAGACCGGUACCGCUUUCUGAACAGGAUAAAUACGCGUACAAAUCUACCGCUGUUCAAUCCACGGAGGAACCACGAAGAAGACCGUUGGACGUUGCGGAAGACGAUUAUUACGACGAUGAAUUGGAGGAUGUUAGGCCGAUUCGAAGACCGCUGAGAAGAAGACCCUCUUACAGAGACAGGGAUAGGGACUUUUACGAUGUCAGAGACAGGGAAAGGGACCGACCCUUCAGACCACGAUAUCGGGACGACGAGGACGAUUUGCGACCUAGGAAACACCCGGAUCGUUCGAGGGAUCGCUAUUACGAUCGGGACAGGGAUCGUGGCGUGGACCGCGGAAGAGAUCGAUCCCUCGACCGUGGAAAGGAUCGCACCGCGGACAGAUCGCUGGAUCGUGAUCGAGGAAGGACGCAAGACGAUAAGCAAGAGAGACCGCACUCGACCCGACCUCUGGACAGGGAGAGGGACACCGAUCGAUCCCGAACAGGAUCAAGAUCGAAGGAUCUGCAAGACACCACGGAUGCAUCGGUUAGAAGAGGCAGUGCUUACGAUCGUACCGAUAGAACAACUGCCGUUGCAACGGCAACCACGUGUCUGCCCGAGCAACUCGUACAUAAAACCGAAUCGACCACGAAAGAAACCGUGAACGAUCGCUCGGAGAAAUUGACUUACACGGAGAGGCCGUCCAAGCAGGAAGAAGAGUCUCGUCCAACGAAUCAGCAAACGGACUAUCAAGAGAGGGACCAAGACGAAAGACGAGAGCAGCACUAUCAAGAGGAGUACUCGCAGGAGUAUUACGACGAGCCAGAGGAUACACCAGCUCCACCUCCGCGGACGGCAGUUCGGAUCGUGAAACGUCCAUUCUUGCCAUCCAGAGGAGGCAAUCCGAACCCGCGAGGUUUGGCACCGGUAGGUGCGAAAGCGACCACGCCUAAACGCGACGAGGAAAAACCAACGGAACGAACCACCGUUCUGCAAGAACGACAGAAAAGUUACUACGCACAUCCGACUACGCAAGAGAAUGCCCAAGAAUUGAAUCGCGAAUCUAAAGCGCAGCAACGAGAAAAAGAACCUUACGAUCCGUACAAGAGCAUUCAGAUAGAGAACCAACACGAACGGAGACCGGACGAAUACGAUACGUCGGUAACCAGAUCCUCGACUCGAAAGCCUACCGAUAGACAACGAGAGGAGGAGACGCAAAAGUCUAUGGCGGAAGACGAGUUCGUCACGGGUUCGAAACACGAACAGGAAGAUUCGCAGAACUACGACGAAGGAUUAGGUAAAUGGACCAACGAGGAGUUCUCGAAUCCUCCGCAGAACGAAGGAAACUCGCAAACUUCGACUCGUAACAAAGGGAGAAUAGCGAACGAGAACGUUUAUGAAGUUCAGGAACACCCGACGAGUCCUCAAAACUUCCGAGUGAAACAAAGAAUCAACGAAGUGACGCAUCGGCUGCAAGAUAUUCCAGAAAGCGAGUACGAUGUCACGUUGAACGACGCCUUGACGCCUACGUUGAAUCAGGAAGCGAACUUGCCAAGUGGAUUCGUGCUGCCCCUGCACAGACAAUUGGGAAGGGACGCGGCACUCCAGCCGACUGAAAACAAUUAUAAGGUCUCGAGACCGGUCAAUCAACAGCAGAAACCGUUCGUGCCUAGUCCUCAGUUUUUGCCUACGGUCAACAGCAACAACGACAGAUUAAGGACCGUGUACUAUAGAACACCCGAGACCAUUCAAAUUAGCGGAGCACAAUACAGACCGCAAAGAGGAUCAUGGCACGAUUACACCGGUUAUUGAAUUCACUCGAUUCGAGACUCGGACAAGCUUUGAAAUUUUACGAAAUUAGGCGCGUACAAUUUCAUUGUAAAUCAAUGAGAUUCGAUCGCGGUAACUAACGAUUAUUUGGAGGACCUCCUCUUCGAAUUGGACCUUUGGUCACGCUUUUCGAUGUCUUUCACGUCCUACGGGGAGAUACGGUCUCCUAAACGAUGAUCAUGACAAACGAAAUCCACGUAAAACAUUUGAACCUUUCAAUUGGUAAUUCAAACUUCCAUCGGAAGAAACGAUCGGAGGAUAUAAUACUCUCGAUGAUUCCUUCCUAUUUCACCUCUCUGACGUUAUCCUAAUCAAUAUUAUCACGGUGGUACGUUUAUAGAACGAAUAAAAUUGGGUCGAUGGUAUAAAUCAUCUUGCAAUUUCUACUUUCGGUUAAACUUGUAAAUACGCGCACGAUUAUAUCAUUCUUGCGAAUUAAAUUAUUGUCCGCGCGGUGCACGCACGCGCAAACGAUCGUUCACGAAAGCACAUUCGUCGUCUCGAUUAUUAUUAUCUUUUUUCUUCGAUAUCAGUAGCGAAUAAGUUUUCUCGAGUAUAAUUGUAAAUUAUCCCAACAUUGACGUACGAUAUUAAAGAGUGAAAAUAAAGUAUACAAGUUUAUUCUUCACCAAACUACAACUUUUUAUUUCAACUUCGUUACGAACAUUAUUCACGGAUGAAAUUGUUCCUAACUCGUAGCCAAUAUGCUCGAUAUUAUUUGAGACACAAUCUUCAUAUCGUGAGCACAAUAUGUGUUUCAAAAAAUACCGAUUGACCAGAUCUCGCCAUGAGGAGGUCGGAGACCCACGAAGGUUUGAUGCGUGAAAUUUAAAUUGCAGGAGAAUGAAUGACGGUAACAGAAAUGAUCAAACAAGCAGGAUGAUUAUGGAAGUCGAAGGAACAACCGGUUCGCAGUUAUUUUCUUUAUUUUCUAUUCCAUAUUUAUCCUUAUUGAAAUAUUUACAAAAUUCUUCGUUGCGGUCAGCGAUGACCUCUAGUUCGGAUGAUUCAUUCAGAACGCAUGUUUCAAGACAACCAGGAAUCUCUUACAGGAUUUGAAAAACAAUCACGAGCAUAAGAUACGAAAGCGAUGUUUCGUUGUCAAUAUAACGGUACAUGUAAAAUAUACGCGUAUAAUAUAGAAAAAGUCGAAGAAUAGCACGUAAAUAUCACCGUUAACAAAUUGUGCCACGGAAAUGCGAUUUAAUCGAUGGCAAGUAUUCCGUCGAAGAUAACUUGAAAUUCAUCACAGAGCAAACAUUUACAACUUAACAGAGCCACGUGCACGCGAUACAAAUCCUUUUAAAUACGAAACGAAUUACAAUAUGUUACGAAGCGUUUUUUGCGUUAACGUGACUAUAGCUAAAUUAAAGGUAACGAUGAUUACGUUCAGUCAAAUUGUCAAAUUGCAUCGCAUAGAAAGCUCUGUAGCAACGAGCGGAGGCUGGUGUCGUUAUCGCGUCUGUAUCGACGUUGCAAGAUGCAAGAGAAAUUUCGGCGAUACGUAAUCGGAAACGAUAAUUCGCUAGUACCAGUCGCAACGUUUCAAUUUGUACUCGCGAACUAUAAAAAUAUGAAAUUUCGCCUCGCGACACCGAUCGAUCUAAAGAGUCUAACGAAUCGGAAUCGAGCACCGUUCAACUAUUACAAUUUGCUUCUAGUGCGUAAUUCUGUACAAAAAUGAUAGAGUACAAGAAUAGGUUAAAUAUAUAUAUGUAUAUGUCGCGUACAAUAUCCUCUCGCGAGCAAGAGCUUCUUUCUUGUUUAGGAGUAUUUAUAUAUAUAUAUAUUUAUAGACAAUGCAAUUUUUGUCGGAAUCACGGUUACAUUAUAACGCUACGUAGAAAUUAAAAAUUGUUGGCUGGCAAGAAUGCGCAUCCGCGAAAUGGCGGGAAAUUAUUUACAAAUUUUGUUAUAUUA